AUGAUCCCUUUCGGUUCUUCAAAACUUCGUAUCUUACGUUUACUCACUUUUAUUCUUCUUCUCACACAUUUAUUACCUUGUCUUUUUUCAAUAACUUUAGCGUGUGAAGUCCCUUCAUUAAAAUCAGUCAUGGAAAGUCCUGCCACGGAGGCACGUAUUAUAUAUGUCGCAUGUCCCAGCAAUGAAGUUGCUCUAAAUUUAUCACGAGGGUGGGAAGGUCAAAUUGAAGAAUCCGCUGAAAAAUUGCUUAUGAUAAAGGCUUCAGAAGGGCGUAUCAAUGAAAUCACGGAUUAUGUAAAUAAGAAUCAUGGUUAUGAUGUUCCCGAAGUGAUUUCUAUUGACCGAACGGUAAAACUUUAUGAUUUGGAAAUGGAAGAAUGUUUAAUGUCAACAACGGACCUAGACAUGACCAAUUCUGGGCAACUCAUUUUUGAUACGCCCUCAAUGUUGAAAUCAAACGAUACUAGAGAUGAUCCCCCGAGUAAAACGGUUCUCCAACUCGCUUUCGUGCUGCCUUUUGGUACUAUAUGGUUUUUGCUUUUCUGUUUUCUUCGGACUCGUUGGUCUGCUAUGUAUGCUCCACGAAGUAGGUUGAGCAGACUCAAGCCAAAGACUUUGCCAAAUACUUUCUUCGGAUGGAUUUGGCCUUUGAUUAAAAUCCCAGAAUCAGAUGUGUUAAACCUUGUGGGGUUGGAUGCGGUCGUGCUUUUGGCAUUCUUUAAAAUGUCUUAUAAACUCUUUGCAUUCUGUGGAAUUUUCGCGUUAAUUAUACUAUCUCCAAUGAAGAUUUACAAUUACUUCCCAUUUUUUGGAAAUGAUGAUGAUAACAACCUAUUUGACGGUAAUCCAACUGAUCCUCAUAUCCCCGAAGAUGAUCAUGGUCCAGUUGAAUCACAAGGAAUUCUGGUGUCAUAUGUGGUCUUUACUUGGGCGUUUUCUCUCGCAACAUAUUAUUUCACAUUUUAUAAUUAUAGAGAAUUCUCAGCAGUACGUCACCGAUAUUAUCUUCACUGGAAGGAUACUGUUUCUGCAAGGACUGUAAUGGUUACAGUUCUUCCAAGGAGUUUGCAAACAGAUCGUGCAUUAAAAGAAUUUUACAGCAAUUUAAAUUUAGGUCCAGUCGAAAGUGCUAUAGUAUAUCGACACGUUCGAAAACUUAGGCACGUGAUUGAACAACGAGCAACACAAUUAAGAAAGUUGGAAGAGGCCUACGUAGAAUAUUUGGGAAAUCCUUGUAUGGAUCCAAAUUAUCAUCCUGAUCUAGCAGUCCAAGCAUUUGAAAAAGCUCUAGAUGAGGAUCCUUCCACUGCAAAUAGUAAGACCGCAGAAGUUCUUGCGAAAGUUAAUGCAAAAAGGCCUACAAUAAGGACGGGAUUUCUUGGAAUAUUUGGGGAAAAAGUUGACAAAAUCGAUUAUUAUACCAAAUCUUUUAUUCAUUGUGACCAACUAUUGAAACGAGGUAGACUUGGCUCCUAUGUUUCGACCUCAACUGGCUUCGUGACUUUCAAGGAUUUUACUAGUGCGCAACUAGCUGCGCAAAUACUAAUACGUCCAGAACCCUUCCAAUGUAAUACCGAACUUGCUCCUGAACCUCGUGAUGUAUUUUGGUAUAAUUUGAAUAUUCGCAAACGGGAGAUGCUAGUUCGUGACGUUAUCGUCAAUUUCGUGAUUGUCUUGCUUGUAUUUUUCUGGUCUGGACCUAUUUCGUUCUUUGCUUCAUUGUUGAGUUUAAGCUCACUGAAAAAAGUCUUUCCGUGGUUAGCGGAUUUGGCAGAGAAAAAUGACUUCUUGAAAAGUUUCAUUCAGGUUACUUUACCUACUCUUGCUGUUAUCUCAUUUAACGCGUUACUUCCAAUGAUUAUGCAGUUUCUCUCUAGACUUCAAGGAUUUCAUUCCCGCAGCAUGAUUGAAUAUUCAACAUUCUCAAAAUAUUUCUUUUUCUUAUUGUUUAAUGUUCUCCUUGUUUUUACCAUUGCUGGUACUAUAUUUAAUGCACUUGAAGACAUUAUUAACGAUAUACCUGGGGUACCACUUAUUUUGGCGAAAAGCUUAUCUCGAGUAUCCCCAAUCUUUAUCAAUUAUGUUAUUUUUCAAGGAAUUGCGUUUUUCCCAACUCGUUUAGUCAUGAUUAAAGAGAUUGCUAUGGCUUACAUAUUACGUGUCAUUUUUGCAAAUACGCCCAGAGAUUUUGCCGAAGGCAGCACUCCACCACUCAUGGAUUAUGGACAAGAAUUAGCACCUAUUGUGCUUGUUUUUAUUCUUGUUCUUGUAUAUUCAUCUCUUGCACCAAUUAUCCUUUUUUUUGGCACAAUUUACUUUUUCUUUGGCUAUAUUUGUUUUAAAUAUUUAUUGUUAUAUGUAUAUUUCCACCCUUAUGAAUCUUCUGGACUUUCAUGGCCAAAGAUCUUCCGAAGAAUUAUGAUUGGCGUAUAUAUUUUUCAACUAUUAAUGAUUGGAUAUAUGUCAUUGAGAAAAUCAUUUCAUUUAGCCGUAAUCAUCAUGCCCCUUUUAGUUAUUACGGGUGCUUACUCUUAUUAUGUGAAUGGAGCAUAUGAUAGAAGUUCGAGAUUUAUACCAUUGGAAAGUAUACGUGAAGAUCAAAAAAAAUUGUCUAAAGUUAGAUUUGAUGUUAGGUCUAGACCAAGUUCACAAGGUUCCGGCAAAAAAGUAGUGGUAGUUGACGCUCCGGUAGGAAGUUCGGCUAACACCUCAUCAAAUCUUAAUGAGAAUAACAACAAACUAGUACAUUCUCAAAGAGACGUAUUAGAAGAUGAUUUAUAUCGUGCAGAACCAGAUUUAUAUACAGAUUAUAUUCAACCUCCGAUGACACUAUAUAAUGGUGUACUUAAUACAGGGAUGAGGAACUAUGUAACUCCAUCAUUAGUAGGAGUUUUACCAUGGUUAUGGCUUCCGGUUAAAAGAACAAAACAAGAUGAUGUGGAAACUUAUGGAGGAUUUAUUAGACGAUUAUUGGGAAUGAAUAAGAAUCAACAAAAAGUUUCACAAUCGGAACCAACUGAUAGUCCAUCAAUUGAACAUGAUAGACAACUUCAACAAGCUGCAGAUGUAAGAAUGAACGCGGCCAUAGAAGAUGCUGGAAAUGGUACCGGUGCGGAAUUGCCUGGCUCUUUAUCAGGACAUGGAGCUGAUGAUAUUAUUGAACAAAUUAUGGAAGAACCUGAGCAAAUGAUUACAUCAAGUGAAGAGCCAAGUACAUCAACUGAACCAGAAUCUCAAAGAAAGAAAUCCAAAUUACGUAAAAUGACCGACAAACUUGGGAUCAUUGCGGGAACAAAUUUCUCCUAA